UAGAAGUUGAUUUGCCUAUAAAUUGUUCUAAUAUUAAAUGAGACAAAUGAGUUGUAUAUAAUUUGUACUUUUGCAAAUAACUAAAUAUAUAAUAUCUUCAGAAUGCCAGGAACAAUCCUUGAGAACUUAAGUGGCCGAAAAUUGAGUGUUUUAGUGAGCAUCCUGUUGGUUUUCCAGAUAACCUGUUUUUUAAUUGGUGGUUUGGUGGCCCCUUCGCCCGCAGGCUCUCAAGAUGUUAUUGCAAGAGUAUGUGUAGAUCGAAACCCAGAAGACAAAGAUUUUAAAAAGUGGUUUAUUCCUAAAACAUGUACAGCAGUAGAUCUGGAACAACAACAGUCAACGAAAGUGCUGAACGCAUCCAACUUAGUUCUAGCAUUUCAAAUGCCCCUAUUUAACUAUGACUUCUCUCGCUGGCAGCAAAAUCUAGUAGGAGUACUGCAAAUUGACAUGGUUCAGAGAAAAGGUCAUAAAUUAGAACCUGUCAUUGAGCUGACACUGGACGCAAGAUUGGCUUACAGGAAUAAACAUGAUCCUGAUGAUAAAUGGACAUAUCAUACACAUGCAGAAGAAAAGAGGAUCAUGGACUGCUCUGUGGAUGAAGUGCAUGAUAUUGAAAAAGAUGGUUAUCCUUAUGUAUGUUCCAGUGUGCCCUUAUUUGAGCUGGGAUCUUUGCAUCAUGAUUUUUACUUGCUAAACCUUCGUUUGCCUGUAGAUAACAACAAAAAUAUUCAUGUAGGUCACAUAUCAGACAUUCAUUUGCAUAUUAUAUACAUGAAUGGAGGCUUUACAAAGGUUUGGCUGUCAUUGAAGUCUUUCUUCUUCCCUCUGAUCCUGGGCAUAAUUAUCUGGUUCUGGAGACGUGUGCACAUACUUACACGUACCCCAGCACUGCUGGAAUACAUGUUACUCGCCCUGGGAAUAACGCUGGCUUUCCUUGAUCUACCUAUUGAACUCCUGACGUUGUAUUUUGAUAUGCCAUACAUGCUUUUAUUGAGUGAUAUAAGGCAAGGGAUUUUCUAUGGAAUGUUGUUGUCUUUUUGGCUGAUUUUUGCUGGAGAACACAUGCUAAUCCAGGAUAGUGGAGAGAGAAGCUCCCUUAAAAUGUAUUGGAAGCAUCUUAGUGCUGUUAUUAUUGGCUGUUUUUCCCUUUUGAUAUUUGAUUUGUGUGAAAGAGGGGUCCAACUGAGGAAUCCUUUUUAUUCUAUCUGGGUGACACCCAUUGGGACAAACCUAGCUCUCUCGUUUAUCAUUCUUGCUGGAAUAUCUGCCAGUAUGUAUUUCAUAUUUUUGUGUUACAUGAUCUGGAAGGUUUUCAAAAACAUCAGUAUUAAACGAGCAGUAUUACCAAGCAUGUCUUCAGCCCGCAGACUCCAUUAUGAGGGGAUAAUUUAUCGUUUUAACUUCCUAAUGUUAGCCACUGUAAUUUGUGCAGCAGCAACCAUCAUUUCGUUUAUAUUGAACCAAGUUGCAGAAGGACAGAACAAAUGGGACGAAAAUAUGGAUAUAGACAUGUCUUCAGCGUUAUAUACUGGCAUAUUUGGUAUGUGGAACGUCUACAUUUGUGCCAUGCUUAUGUUGUAUGCCCCAAGUCAUAAGCAAUGGCCUGUGGAGUCUGUUUGUGGUGAGAGCGGUGAAGAGGUCGAGUUUAGCAGACUUCCAACUGAUCCAAGUCCAAAUGAAAUAUCUUCUUUGACUUCUUUUGCCAGUAAAGCAAGCAUCGAUUAAAUUUUUCAUUUUUUAAUGUAGAUUUUAUAAAAAGGACGCAAAUUUUGCCAUUAGUUAGUCUUUUUUCUAUUUAAUUCAUCAAAACUUACCAAUGGCACAAUUUAGACGAACUGCAUUUAGUUAUAGUAGUA